AUGGCAACACCUUAUAAACAAGUUCAAGAUCCUUUGAAGGAACUCGUCAAUGAUCAAGGCAAAAACUUAACCGACAUUCUCUGUCCAAAAAAAACUUGUCAUUGCGUCAUUUUCCGAAGGAAUACAGCCACGUUAGUAGAAGGCGAUGGUUCCAAACUCACAUUGCCAGAAGCUUCCUUACCAGAAAACAAUGUUCUCCAAGAAGAUAAAGAAGCAGAAGAAGGAACACAUCAUUUUUGGCGCGUUGGUAACAUGAUGGAAUUUGAGAAUGUGGGGUUCUCAAAGACUGUAGGCACCAUCAAAUACUUGUCUUGCGCUGAUUGUGAUCUAGGACCCAUUGGUUAUCAUGAUACCACCAAUCCCAAAGAGUUUUAUAUCAGUAUAAAACGAGUUAGAUAUGCAAUUUGA